GGAGGUGACGGUUACUCAGGCCCCCCUUACCCCGUCCACCGCCAUGUAACGCCAAAAGGCACCACCAUCUCUAUCUCUUCCGCUUCCUUGUAACCCCACAAGCCACCACCAUAGCUGCUCUACCCCCUCCAUCCUAAUUUCACCUCACCCCUCUCUCUUUCUUUCUGGUAAUUUCUCAUGAAUCUCUUUCCCCAUGAUUCUCUCACACUGUCUUACCUUAAAGGAACACAGUCCGCCUAUCUUUUAUCAAGUCUCAACUCUCUCUCUAUCUCUGCUACCUGGUAAUCAGUGGACUCAUAGUGAUCGAUGAUCCCGUUCAAAGCCCUUCUGGGGAAUCUAAAGAUACCCCCUGCAACUACCUCCGCCUCCUCGACUUCGCAUCCUCACUCACAAUUCAUUGAGAACGAGUUCGACUUUGCAGAAAGUUUUGGGCCUCUCACUUCCAAAGCUCCUGUCACACCUCACGAUCCGGAAACCUUGUGUGCUCGCUCUCAUUCCCUUGUCGGCCCUUCUCCUCGGUUCACGACCCACCUCCCAUCCUUCAAUUGCUUCUCUCUUUCGUCUGAUGACUCUGAUGAGGAUGAGGAUGAGGCCUGCCCUAUUGGAAAGUCAAUGGAUGGAGAGGGGAUUGGGUCACCCAAUAGAGAGAAAAAUGGGCCAGUGGAUCAGAGAGAGAGAAUGGGCCCUCAUGAUUUCGAGAUUCUCAGGGUGUUAGGACGGGGUGCUUUCGGGAAGGUGUUCCAGGUCAGAGAGAAGCAGAGCAGCAAUGUGUAUGCAAUGAAGGUGAUGAGGAAGGAUGUGAUAAUCAAGAAGAAUCAUGUUGAGUACAUGAAAGCUGAGAGGGACAUUCUCACCAAAGUUGUGCAUCCAUUUAUUGUUCAGCUCCGCUACUCCUUCCAGACAAAAUCCAAGCUUUACUUGAUUCUAGAUUUUAUAAAUGGAGGGCAUCUUUUCUUUCAACUUUAUCGACAGGGUAUCUUCAGCGAGGAUCAGGCAAGGGUUUAUACUGCUGAGAUUGUUUCUGCCGUUUCACAUCUUCACAAGAACGGGAUCGUCCAUCGAGAUCUCAAACCUGAAAACAUUCUUAUGGAUGCAGAUGGGCAUGUGAUGCUUACUGAUUUUGGGUUGGCAAAGGAAAUUGAUGAAUCGAGCAGAUCGAGCUCCAUGUGUGGAACAACAGAAUACAUGGCCCCUGAAAUCAUACUCGCAAAAGGUCACAACAAAGAUGCAGACUGGUGGAGCGUUGGGAUUCUUUUGUAUGAAAUGUUAAAGGGGCAGCCUCCCUUCACACAUGUCAACAGGCAUAAGCUUCAACAAAGGAUCAUCAAGGACAAAGUGAAAUUGCCACCAUUUUUGACCAGUGAAGCACAUUCUUUGCUCAAAGGGCUGUUGGAAAAGGAGCCUUCCAAGAGACUGGGUAGUGGUGCUAACGGAGGGGAGGACAUUAAGAGGCACAGAUGGUUCAAGCAAAUAGACUGGAAGAGAUUGGAAGAGAGAGAAGUAGUACCAAAAUUCAGGCCUGAUGUUAGUGGGAGGGAAUGCACGGCUAACUUUGAUAAGUGUUGGACAUCCAUGCCGGCAGAUGACUCCUCGGCCCCCACGCCCACAGCCGAGGAUCACUUCAAGGGAUACAGUUAUGUGCCUCCUAACCCUUGGCUUUCUGAGCAAGGGUUUAGUUGAUAACCUCUAUCCUUAACAUUGGGUAUUCCUUGUUGCACAUGCACUAGCAUGGCUUGUUAUCAGAGCACAAGAACUCCUAUGUACAACUAAUUGAUAUGAAAACGUGUGUCCUCCGAUUUGUGGUGUUAAUUUUAGGCUUGUAAUUCCUCAUUGACAUUUGAUGUGAACGGCUUACCCAAAAGUCUGAUGUGGUUAUGAAUUGUCCAUGUAAUAAGUAAGAACAGCCUCUCUCAUAGAUUCGUUCU